AUGUCGAUACGCCGUCCCAGCGCAAAGUCCCGGGCGGGCCGCGAUAACGCAAGCCUCCUCGCCCCCGAUACGUACGACGACGACGCCUCAUCCCUCCACAGCCGAAGCGACCAGGACAGCGACAGCGACGAUGACCAAUUGCAACUGCGCGCGCGGAACAGCCGCGAGCUGCGCGCCGCCGACAGUCUAGUCUUCAUGGAAGAAGAGGAGAUCGAAACGCUGGUUGAAGAGACGCGCAAAAAGAAGGAGCUGCAGCGCCGAGGAUCUGGUCUCGCUGUCACGAACCCCCUGAAGCUUUUCGGCCGAGGCCCCGAUGGACAGCGACCCGGGUCCAAGGAUGGCUCGUCCGAGAAUCUCCUCAACGAAAAGGACAGACGCCAACAGCGCCGCACGAGAAGGAAACAGAAAAAGGACCGUCUGCUGGAGAAGGCAACGUACGGCGAGGAUGGCGAGCUCAUGUACGAGAUGGAAGAAGGGGCCAUGAAGGAGGGAAGCUCGACCGGCGACAGCAGCGAAAGAGACGACAGCGACGAACUCGACCGGCAAAGGCUGAAGAUGGUGACCAACGCGAAGAGCGAUAAGCGGAGGAGCUGGCGCCGAUGGCUGGUCAUACACAGUAUGAUAGCCGUCGGCUUCGCGAUCCUCGUUCUGGUGGCGUGGAAGCUAUCAUUGGGCAGGAAGUCGGCGCACAAGGCCGAGUUCGUCAGCAACGGCACCGCACUGUUCGCGCCGACGACCAUCAUCAUCAGUCUGGACGGCUUCCGCGCCGACUUUUUGCAGCGCGGAAUUACACCGAGGUUGAACGCUUUUAUCAAGGAGGGCGUUUCGCCAAAGUACAUGCUCCCGGCCUUCCCGUCUGUCACGUUCCCGAAUCACUACACGCUGGCGACCGGUCUUCAUCCCGAGAGCCACGGUAUUGUCGGAAACACGUUCUGGGACCCGGACAUGCAGGCCGAGUUCUACUAUACCGAUCCGGUGCGAAGUCUCGAUGCGAAGUGGUGGAGCGGAGAGCCUUUCUGGGUGACGGCCGAGAGGCAGGGUAUCCGUUCCGCGAUCCACAUGUGGCCGGGUAGUGAGGCGCACAUCCUCGGCGUUGAGCCGACCUUUUUGGACAAGUUCAACGGGAAGGAGGUCCUCGACAAUAAGGUCAGCAGGAUCCUCGAGUUUCUCGACAAGCCGGGCAUGGAGGACAAGACUGCCAAGGUUGAAGACAUGCGGCCUCAGCUCAUUGCUGCGUAUGUCCCCAACGUCGACGCGGACGGCCAUAGAUAUGGGCCGAAUAGCACGGAGAUCCGCGUCUCUAUCGAGUCAGCCGACGCCAUGAUGGAUCAGCUCUUCCUGGCUCUCGAGCAGCGCAACCUGACCCACAUUGUCAACGUCAUCGUUGUAUCCGACCAUGGCAUGGCCACGACGGAUACGACACGGCUGUUGCAGCUCGAGGAUCUCGUCGACACCUCAAAGAUUGAGCACACCGACGGCUGGCCGCUAUAUGGUCUCCGGCCGAAGAACCCCGACGAUCUCCAAGGGCUAUACGAUGUCUUGGUCGAAAAGUCCAAGACAAACCCCAACUUUGAGGUCUAUCUCCGCGAUGUCAACAUGCCCGAGCGCUACCACUUUUCAAAGAACAGGCGCAUCGCGCCCCUGUGGAUCGUGCCCAAGACUGGAUGGGCCAUCGUUACGAGGGACGAGAUGGAUGUGGAAAAGGCGCUAAAGGACGGUACGGUCUAUAACCCUCGGGGUUUGCAUGGAUAUGAUCAUGAGCAUCCUCUCAUGCGUGCCAUCUUCAUUGCCCGCGGGCCCGCUUUCCCUCAUCCGCCAAACAGCCAGAUCGACAACUUCCAAAACAUCAAUGUGUACAACAUUUUGUGCGAUUCCGUCGGUCUCAUUCCUGAGCCCAACAACGGCACUUUGCGUCUGCCACUCACUACUCUGGGUACUCACAAGUCCGAGGACACGCCCCCAGAACCCGAGGACCCUGUGCCUCCGUACAACACAACCCAAGUCCCGGCUUCUCCCAGCGCACCACCGGCGGAACAGCCGACAAACACCGACAAGGCCAUCCAGGUGGACCCCGUUCCCCAGCCGACGGCCACUGCGCCGGCGUCGAACGAUGACGAGAAAGGAGAUGAUGAUGAAGAGAGCGACGAAGCCGAUGAAGAUGCCAUAGAGAAGGGCAAGGAAGCCAUGAUUGGAGUUUGGGACUGGCUCAAGGACAAGUUUGGAAAGGUUUGGGACAAGAUUAAGGGAUCAAAGGGGGACAAGGAAUCGGGAGACAAGGAGGGAUCGGAAUGA